AUGGGUCUCCUCUCCAGCUUCGGUAAAGCUGGUAGAGCUGGUAGAGCUGGCAGGCGGACUCCAGGCGAUAACGGAGCUGAUGACCUAGGCAUUGAGACGAGCGCAGUCCCAAGGAGCCCAAAACCCGAUCCACCACCAGAGACAAAGCCGAACCCACCUCCAGAGACAAAACCAGAGCCACCAAAGCCAGAGCCUAAUCCCAAUCAUUCAGAUCCCAAUCAUCCAGAUCCCAAUCAUCCAGAUCCUACCCACCCAGAUCCAAAGUAUCCAGAUCCCAGUCACCCAGAUCCCAGUCGUCAAGAUCCCAAUCAUCCAAAUCCUACUCGUCCAGAUCCCGAUCCCAGUCAUCCUAACCAGCAAGCUCCUGGCAAUCAAGAUCCGAAUUACCCACCACCGCAGCCAAAUGAGCAACAAUACCCCAAUCAUUCCGGCCCGAAUGCUCUGGACGUUGCUCAAUAUGCGCAAGAAUUUGCUCAGUAUGGGCAGAAUAUUCCUCAGUACUUGGGGCAAGGAAAUAGAGAUCUCUACAGUCAGCAAUAUAUGGACCCAAGUCAAUAUGAUGAUACCCAAGAACUGUAUCCCGAGCAGCAACAGGACCCUUACUCUCAAUAUCCGGAUGUACAAGAUCAGACUGCUCAACAGCUGGGACAACAGCAGGACCCUAAUUCUCAGUAUCCUGGUGCCCAAGAUCAGACUGCUCAACAGCUGGGACAACAGCAGGACCCUUAUUCUCAGUACCCUGAUGAACAAGACGAGACUGCUCAACAACCGGAGCUUUCUUAUGAUGAUCAACAGGGAGAGUAUUUAGGAGCUUCUGGGCAAGACCUCGAUAUGAAUGGCAACCAACUAUCGGGCCACGGCCCAGUUGGGCAAGACCAGUAUGCACAGGAUCCGAACACGCAGGAUCCUCAAGGCCAGCAGGCUAACUCCCAACAAUACGAUAGUCAAGGGACGCAUUUACCUGCCCAGAAAUUGUCCCUAGGCCACGGGCCCGUGGUGCAGCACCCACAGCAGCAUUCACAGCAGCAUCCAGAGCAGCACCCAGAAGCGUAUCACGAGGAAGAUCCCGAAGACUAUCAUGAAGGUUAUCCAGACGAGCAACCAGACCAGUACCACGACCAGGAUGCACAGCAGUAUCACGGGCAAGAUCCGGACAUGCAGCAAGCUGAGUGGGAGCAAGGUGGAUUCCAGGCAGAUGAAGAAGAUGAAGCAUAUGAGCAGGAUCCCGCUACUGGGUAUUUCGGUCAGCAGGCGUAUGCUGGACCCGCACAUGCGUAG